UUUUAUAGAAAAAGUAUCCAGAUGUUGUAGCACUUCCUGAAGGAUUACAUGGAGAUUACAUGCUCUUAAGGAGCACUCAACUUCCCAAAUUUGAAUUAAUGAUUGUUUGGAAGAUACAGGUAGAUGAAAACGGAAAUAUUAUACCAGUUUUGGAUCUUUUGAACAAAAUACCACUACAAGGCACUCUAGCUGACAAAUUUGCAUCAGACGCUCCGCAAGGUUUCAGAAGUCUCUUGCAUAUGAUUGGGAUACAGGCAUCCAUUGAAACUGUGAUCAAUUCAAUUUCUGAAGGCAAAUGAGUGCCAGGAAAACCAGUUAUGCAUCUAUCAUUUUAUUGAAUAUAAACAUUAAGUUAUUUUCCAUUUAGAAACCAUACCCAUAAAACAUGCUAUCUGUACAAUUAUGGCACAUAUAUAUAAAUUGUCAUGACAAAUAAAUACAGCUUUUUAAAUACAAAACGUCAAAUCAGAUACAAGUAGAAUGCAUUUCAUUAAAAAAUUAACUUUCUGAAUCAAAGUGGUUUUUCCCCUUCUACAUCAGUUCCUAAAACGUUCUCAGAUCAGCCUGAUAAAUUCAAGUCUAAAAAAAGUGGCAGUUUCAAUUCACAGCUGUAUGUAUAUAUGUAACAGUGAUUCUAGAAUACAGAACAGUUUGAUAAUAAUUAAAAAUAAGCUACAGGAGCAUCAUACAGUAGCACACCUACUACUUCUUCCAUAAACAGUGAUUGAAGGCAAAUCAGGUUUAUCAUACUCGUAAAAUAGAAAUGAGACAUUUUAAUUUACAAAGCAUAAACUGAAAUUUAUUAACCACAUGCUCCAUGAAGAAUGAGUACAGAAAAGAGCAAAAAUGAUGGCACUGAUCUGCAUAUAACUUGCCUAAAUAUUCCAGUAUUAUCUUUCCAUAUUUAGAUUUCCUAGAAUCAAUUGUUUUAAAUGCAACCCAAGUAAAUAAGUAGCUAUGAAAAGUUUUCACUGUUCUUUUAAAGUGCUGUAAUAGUUUGUUUUAGAAAAAGCGAAGUUUAUAUCAGUUUUCAAAUACAAAGCCUCAAAUUGAGCAUUUUAAUCAAUAUUUGCAUCCCAUGCCUUCCUAGUUAUAGAUAGUAAGAUAUAACAAUCUAAGUUAAAAAGCUUGGUUAAUGAGCACUCAUUUUAUACCUGUCAUUGCAGCUGUAAUUAAACUUAGCAGCUUACCAUGUCAGCCCAACCCAAAAUGGUUCUAUCUUAAGGUUGCCAAAAGUAGAAUUUCUACUGAAGCUUACAAAUUUUCUUUUCUGGAGGUAAGUUUUGAAUUCACACAUGGAAUGCCACAAAGACUUGCAUAGAACAGUGAGCAAAACAGCAUUAUAUGCAAGAUGUUUAGCUUAUCUUGCCCUAAAUGCAUUCUCUAGAUGCAGAAUUUGAUCGAUUGCUGAUUGCAUAUUGCAGGUGAUACCUAUCCAAAUCAAAUGCCCAUUGCUGCACAGCUGUUUGUGUCAUUUGUUGUUAUUAUUUCAACAUAUUUUGACAUUUGAAAUGCUUCGCAUAUCUCUAGUUACUACUAAUUUGCUUUAAGAAUGGUAGCCUUUCUGAAAAAUGUUUUGUAUUACAAUGUAUUUCAAUAAAAUAUUUUUGAACAAAUUUAGCAACAUUCACAAUUACUAAUAAAUUUAAAAGUUGUGUUCAUUUAAUUGUGCAUUAUAUUUUUUUUUUUUUAAAUUCAAAUUCCAGAUCUAUGCCCUUACCUGACAUCCACUGACUUACAGGCCGCAAGCUCAGGACAAGAUUUAGAAUUAAGGUGAAUAAAUAUCACAAAAUACAGUUUUUUUUUAAUUAACAGAUCUAGAAGUAAAACUCGUGAGAUACUCAUAAAUAUUAACAUUAAACUUAAUAUAAUAAUAGCAAAUUGGAAAUCACACAAAAUAUCAUAGAUUUUUAGGGAUACUUUCCGACAGAUAAAUAUUUUAGUGAUGAUACAUGACAGUCAAAAGAUAAGAUUGUGCCACUAAAGGCCAGGCUGUAAAAAGUGGUAGGCAUCAAAGCAAUUGCAGAACUUGUUCUUACAUAAAGGAGGGCAGGGAGAAGACUCUUCUUUCCCACUUCUUAAUUCUUCUUGCCCAGGGUCAAGCCCACUGAAAUCACAUCUACAGGAAUUUGCAUCACUAACAUAAUUCAGAGAGCCUGUGAUGUACAGCUUUCUCUGGUGUAAGUCACCUUUGGCUCCAAUCCAGCGAUUUUUCAAUGGCUGAAGCAGCUUUGGUUUCAAGUUUUUCACAGCAUGUAAAAAUCCUUUGUCUACCUACUUUAACAUUUAACUUUUACCAUUAGACAAUCUAGAAUUUCUCUUCCUGUUUCAAAAUAACCUAUAAGUAGUUACCUAAAAUCUGAAAUUCUGAUUCAGAAGUCCAAUUACACAGUCUGAAUUAGACAUGGCACCCUUAUUGCCACUGUGCAGCACAGUGCUUCCACUGCAAAAUCUAAGGCAUAUUUCACUAUUUUCUAUUUUUGUAUGCAAGAGGUGGUUUUAAAAAAAACCUAACAACUCUUGCAGAGAGAGAGAGAUCUCCUUUUGCUGAGAACAUUUAAUAUCUCUAUAAUGUUGAGCUCAGGAUAAAGAAUCCAAUUGCUACUGAACUUGUAUGCCUUAGCAAAGCAAAUGGCUGCUGUUGAAGGUCUAAAGAGAAGCCAAGCAAAAAUGCAGACAAAAAAAGAAAAACUAU